UUCUGAAAAGUGUUGUAUGUUUUUUACGGAUUCUUACCAAUGAGACCUCUUCAAUACAGAGAUCUCUUCAAUACAGUCGAUUGAUAGACUUCGAGCGGCGGCGAACAGGCAUGAUGGGAGUCCCUGUGUUCUUUGUGGUGGUGCUAGCAUUUAUCUGUCACAGCCACAGCCUGGAAAUACAAAACCCUUUCUACAGGUUCAAAAGGUCUCAGGAAAAUGUCUUGUCAGAUCCCAGUGAAUGUGUGUCCAGGACCAAGCAGCAGGUCUUAAACUCUCACAACUUCUCUGUGGAAAUUCGGAUGCCUGGUGUUGUCCCAACUGUGUCAGACACUUACCUGUGCACAACAUUUCCUGUGCCCACUAGUCGAGAUGCAUAUAUUGUGGACUUUAUACCUCAUGCCAGUAUGGACACAGUUCAUCACAUGCUUCUGUUUGGCUGCCGGACUCCUGUUUCCACCAGCAGCUACUGGGACUGUGGCAGUGUACAAGGCACUUGUGCAGAUGAGGCAUCCAUUAUGUAUGCCUGGGCUCGGAAUGCACCACCUACUAAAUUACCCAAAGAUGUUGGUUUUAAAGUUGGAAGAAAUUCAGGAAUAUCCAACUUUGUGCUGCAGAUCCAUUAUGGAGAUGUCACUGCUUUCAGAGACCAUCAUAGAGAUUGCUCAGGACUUACCUUAAGAAUGACAUCCAAACCGCAGCCAUUCAUUGCUGGUAUAUACCUGCUAAUGUCUGUGGACACAGUUAUCCUUCCAGGAAAAAGAGUUACAAAUGCAGACAUCGCCUGUGAUUACACUUCAUAUCCCAUCUACCCGUUUGCCUUCAGGACCCACACACACCACCUUGGUAAAGUGGUCAGUGGCUACAGGAUCCGAGACGGGAAGUGGAGCCUGAUUGGGAGACAAUCCCCUCAGCUACCACAGGCAUUCUAUCCUGCUAAUAAGGAGGUGAAUGUGAAGUAUGGUGACACCAUUGCAGCCAGAUGUUUGUUUACUGGGGAGGGCAGAACCUCCAAAACGUAUAUUGGCGGUACCUCUGAUGAUGAAAUGUGCAACUUCUAUAUAAUGUACUACAUGGACAGCAAACAUGCCAUCCCCUACAUGAACUGCAUGGAAUCUGGCUCCAAAGAGCUGUUUCAGCAUAUUCCAGCUGAGGCCAGUGUUCCCAUAGCUGUCAGUCCAGGUCAUAUGAAUUCUAUGAUGCAUAUGGUGCACUCAACAGAUCAUCAAGAAAACCGGUUGCUACUGGAUACAAACAGAGCUGAGCAGGUUCUGGAUCAGGGUGACCCCUAUUCACUUAUGUCUAAGCUGCUAGACCAGAGCAAGGACGUAGUUCACAUUCAUAAGUUCAAACCCAGUGAGAUGCAGAAAGCCCAGGCUGAGCUUGUGGCUCAGAUUGAUAGCUUAAUGCAACAGAAACACCAGGGCUCUCCCAGUGCCAGACUAGCCUUCCAAACCAGGGAAGAUCCUGUUUUAGUGAGGGACAGAGUCCAUAAAUUCCAUCAGCUUGAGGCCACUGCCAAGCCGCCAAGAAGCAAGCUGCUAGCUAAAGGACAAGACUACCAUUUGGAGCAAGUCUCAGCAUGGCCUCAGAGUUCUCUCCAGCUGGGUCAGGUGUCAGGACUUACCCUUGACUCUGACUCUAACUUGGUCAUUUUCCACAGAGGUGACCACCACUGGGGGGCAGACUCUUUUAACAGCCAGGCUAGAUAUCAGCAGAGGUCCCUAGGUCCAAUUCAGCAGUCCACGAUUUUGGUUGUGGACCCUGCCAAAGGCAACAUCCUGAAGGCUUCUGGCAGAGACAUGUUUUAUUUGCCUCAUGGAAUAACUACUGACAAGAAGAAUAAUUACUGGAUCACUGAUGUGGCUCUUCAUCAGGUGUUAAAAGUGAGCAGUGACGGCAGAGACAGAAUGUUGCUGGCACUGGGAGAGGCUUUCAUACCAGGAAGUGACAACAACCACUUCUGCCAGCCCACUGAUGUGGCUGUAGAUACUGAGACUGGAAACAUUUUUGUGUCUGAUGGCUACUGCAAUUCCCGAAUACUGAAAUUCUCUGCUGAUGGCAAAUACCUGUCUGAGUGGGGUGCAGGCUCGUCAGACAGAAGGCGCAUACCGUUCCGGAUCCCCCACAGCCUGGUGUUUCUUCCUGACAGACAGGAAAUUUGUGUGGCUGACAGAGAGAACGGACGUAUCCAGUGCUUCAUAGCCAAAACUGGAGUGUUUGUCAAGGAAAUAAAGAAAGAGGAGUUUGCAGGGGAGGUGUUUGCCAUAACCUACAGCCCUGUUGGAGAUGGCUUGAUCUUUGCAGUAAAUGGGGAAUCUCCAUAUCGCUCAGCUCCACUACGAGGUUUUGUAAUAGAUUAUUCAACCACGGACAUAUUGGAUACCUUCAACCCAGAGAAAAAGGAGUUUAAAAUGCCUCACGACAUAGUUGAAACCAGUGAUGGUAUCGUCUUUGUUGGGGAUGCAGGCAGUAAAUCAGUCUUCAAGUUCACCACUGAGAAGUUACAUCGCUCCGUCAAGAAAGCUGGAAUCGAGGUUCAAGAACUUCAAGAAAUGGAGACAUUUGUCCAAAGUAAGGUGAGGCCGGAGCACAACAUGUCGAAGACAGCAGCCAUCCAAGAGAAGCAAACUGUGGCUCGACAGCCUCAACCACAAGAAGAGAAAGAAGAGGAGAAGAAGAGUGCAGCAAAGCCAAACAAAGAGUGGGGUGUACUCCCAGCCAUUAUCACUACACUGCUGCUCAUCCCUCUGCUGGUGGUCAUCUCCAUUGGAGUCUUUAUCUGCUGGAGGAAAAACAACCGAUGUGAGGUGAAAACUGAACCCAGCUCUGUGGGAGGGAUCCUGGGAAAAAUAAGAGGUAAAGCUGUGGGCAGUCUGAACCUUGGGAACUUCUUUGCAUCCCAUAAGGGUUACAGUCAGGGCUUUGACCAGCUGAGUACUGAAGGCAGCGACCAGGAGAGGAAUGAUGAGGACAGCAGCGACUCCGAGAACGAGGAGUACUCUGCUCUGCCGCCUCUUCCCUCCUCUUAGACACUCUGGGACCAGCCACCAACCUUCUUUUUUUCUGGCAACUCAAGAUGUAUGUUAUUCAUCAUGUGUGUAACUGUUGUGUUAUCUGCCAAUCGUAUUGUUUAUAUAUUUAAAUAUAUGCUGUAUAUAAAAUAAUUUAGCAUAAUUUAGACAAUUUAUUUCAUCUUUAUUUAAUUUACCUGUGGUCUUGAUGCAGCCUUGGUGACACAAUUCACACAUAUCACGAUGAAAGAUUGUUUUUCCGACAUCAAACUUGCAUUUAGUGAAAUUAUUACCACAAUCCUCUGGACACACGUUACAAUAUUUGGUGUCAGAUUCAACCUCAAAACAAGACCAAUGGGCUGAGAUAACUAUACUUAUUUUAGAAAUUUUCUUAAAAUGAGGAUCAGGAACUUAAAAAAAUUCUUGAAAUAAGUUAUUUGGUAUUGUAAACAGGUAAAAAAAAACUAAGCCCAUUUGUGGAUUUUUAUUUUAUUUUAACUAAGAUUUGUGGAUUUUUAUUUUAUUUCAACUAAAAAUAAACCCAACUUUACUGAAUUACUUUUUUAGAUGGGGAAUUUUUAUGACUGAAAUGGGGUCAAGUAUUUUACAUUUAGUCAGUUGAUGUUAUAUAUUUGUACUUACAGUGACCAGUUUGAAAACCUUAAUGGCUCUGUUUUCAUGGCAGUGCUGUGACCAGCACAAGCAGAACUACGACAGUUUGGUAUUUUUCUGAUCAAGACAUUAGCUUUGUCCAUCUGUUUGCCCAGGUGGGAAGAGAGAUACAAACAGGUGGAAGUGCAGAGAGAGUCCUUGGAGUUUUGGGAGAAGUUUGGUGAAGGUGAGAAUAGAUGUCUCUGAACCACGUCUGUUUCUGAGGCAAAGUCAAUCCGCUGCCAAUUUGUUGAUUCUGUCAACAACAGCAAACUAAAUACGUUGAGAGAAUUUUAUUAAACAUUCAAGUAAGUGCAUUUUAAUUGCCCUUUUUGGCCAAUUUUAAGCACAUUUGGUUGCUUUAAUGUGGUUAAACCCAAAAGGAACUUGAUGGAACAUCAGUAAAUUGAUGAUCUAUAAAAUAAUAUGAGUGAUUCUUACAGUUUCUGUUAUGCACAGCUGCUUUAUACUGUAUGAAAAGUUUCUCCUUUAGUUCAUCUCUGCAGACAUCUGAGGGCAUCAGGACAUGUAUAUCGAUAAAUAUACAGCCUCUGAUUUAAGGAGUGCCACAGCAGCGGUUGUAUUCUCAUUGUUUUGAGGGAGACACUAGAUUACAGGGAGUCAUGGACCCAGUGUAUCAACUCAAAAGUACCAUUUCAUACAAUAUGAUGUAAUUAUUUACAUUCUGAGAUACAGUAGAAUUAAGCCUGAAAUAGUGUUGGAUUAAUCUUGUAAACGGCGUCAGCAAACGUUUUUUAUUCUUUUUUUCAAUUGUCAUUGUCAAA